GCUUGUAGCAUCAGGCAAUCUCUCUGUCUCUCUGUUUCUUACUGAGUACCAGUUUUCACAUUUCAGAGUUUUGUGACUUUUUCCUAAAUCUAAAGAGGGAUUAGCCUCUACUAUAGAAUCUUGUGUUCCAAAAUCACAGAAACAAAAAUGGAUGAGGAGUUUCUCCCAUUGCAAAACAGAGAAGACAGCACUCUGAAGGAGGGCUUGGGUGGAGAAGAGGACGGAAAAGAAGAGAUGGGACAAGUGCUCAGUGUUGCAGGUCAUGGGUGUAGCUCAGAGGGGGUGAGCGGUUGGGGUUCACUUCCUGAUGUGUGUUUGCGGCACGUGUUCAGGUUUCUCACUGACCGUAAUCGCAGAAAUGCAGACCUGGUUUGUCACCACUGGCACAAUGUCAUGCGUUCUCCCUCUCUCUGGCGCUCCCACUUCUUCCACUUCAAUGGUCGGCUGUCCAAAUACAGGCAGUCUGAAUACUGCUCUGCUGUGGCCUAUGUCCGCUCUCUGGGAGUCUACCUGGAGCAGCUGGAGGUGUGUGUGUGUCCUCCACGCAGGUCCUUAGUAGCCCGGCGACUGGAGCAAGCCAUCAGCGGGCUAUUUUCUGAGCUUACUAGAGUAAAUGCACCACUGAAGUACCUCUCCCUCAUGAGACUGGGGUUGGACCAGCCCUCCUGGACUGUAGAGCUCAGGAACUCUUUAGUAGACUACCUGAUUCUCUUCCUCCGCAGAGGGGCCUCAAGGCUCACCUCUGUUUGUCUGAGUGAGAUGCGAAUCUGCAUGAAUCAGGGUCUGGAGGUGCUUUCUGUCCUGGCACAUUCUCAGAGGUGCUACUACCCCCAGUGCUCUUCUUUGGACUUGAGGGGAUUCUUUUCUGGUGAACUGCAAGUACACCGUAACUCUGACAUGCCCCGCAUCCUGCGCUACCUGCAGGGCCUCACCGACCUGAGCCUGAGUUACUCCUGCUUGUCAGAUGAGCUGCUAAUGGCAUUCCAGCACAGACAGCGAGGAUGGAGAGAUGUCACCUACUUGCAAACAUUUUCACUGCACUGUACUUUGAAUGAGCCCCAUGAACAGGUGGUGUGUGGUUGCUCAUGGGCAACUUUGGCAUCAAGCUGCCCGGGCCUGAAAGUCAAGCUUACAGUGGACCAAAUCAUCAACACUGACAGGCUCGCAGGGAUACUGCUUCCUGAGAUUCCCUUGACAGAAUACUCCAUGACAGCUUUCUACUCCCCCGAUCAAAACUGGAGCACCCUGCCGCUCCUCUGUCGCAUGCUGCCUCGGUACAGGCACAGUCUGCAGUAUCUUAGCCUGGACCUGAGCAAUUGCAGCGAAUCCCUGGAUGAGGAGCUGUUGGAGCUGGUUAAGGUGUGUGAGCGCCUGGAGCAGCUGAGAAUCUGGGCUUUCUUGGAAAUCAGCACUGUGCAGAGGCUGCUACACAUCAGACUGACAAAAAAGAACUUACUCAACAAGAUCAGAGUGAGAAUCUACUCAAUACACGACGAAACUGAAGAGCAGGAAUACCAGCUGAAGGAAUUAUUGUCUUCCUAUCUGCAUCUCCCUCCUGAACUGGACUUUUUCGCUAAAGUCUGCCCCUUUGUAUGAUCACACAUAAAUAAAUAAAAUGAA